GAUCAAAACGCGGAUCUUCACUUGGAACUCUGUUACAUGUUAAACAAUGAAAACAAGAUCUCUCUAUCCUCAAGUUUAAGCAGUCUACUUGAAAACGUGCAUCAUUGGAAAACCCUGCAUAUAAAAUGCGCUCAGGCAAACGUGCCAGUCAAUUAAUGAAGAUGGGUCGAGCUUCAAAAGUAAAAUUGUUUCUAUGUAUGUUCCACAGAUUCAUGAGUCAAGGAGCAUAAACUGGGCACACUAUAUGGUAUAAUUAUGGUACAGUACAUAACCACCACACCUUUUAUAACUCAUUCACAGGUGCUAUGCAACAAACAAGUUGAUAUGCGCCCGUGUAUUUGCCACCUGUACAGAUCAUAUUGUUUUAGUCCAUGCGUAAUAAGUACGGCCUGAUAAAGUGUUAGUUUCGCUUUAAGACCAGCAAUGCAUCUCUUGCUGUAGCUUUCGAAAUCGCCAUUGUUGGGUUUCGCUGUGUGAUGUGGAGUGGAGAUUGUGGCUUCCGGUAGAAACAGCUAUCUGUAUGAAUAUACAUCGAGAAGAGAGGAGGUGCCGAGUAGAGCUUUUCAUUUGAAUCUAUUGUUGCGAGAAAGAUAAAACAGUGCAGAAAGAAGGCAGGAUUCGUCUGACGUACACCUGGAGAUUUUAGAAAACGGGCACAUUAUACAAGAAGAUCAUUUUGCGUUACCAAAAAUAAAUAAAUAAAUAAAUACAUAUAUAACAAAAAAAAAAAAAAAAAAAAAAAAAACUGUGUGGAAUAUAACAUUCGCUCGACUAUUGUUUCAGAGUAAAGCACACAAUAAGCCAUCCAGGGAGUUUUAUUUCAUGGGGAUGUGUUCAAGACAAGAGAGAAUACAUAAAGACGUCGACAUUGUAAUCCAGAGGUGCAAGGCAGAUAAGGACUGCCUGUUUUCUGAUUUUCGAUAUUCAGACGCCACCUUUACAUUCACCGACACCAGGGGCUCUAAAAGGGUGUCCUAUUCAGUUCACGUCUCUGAAGAUUAUCCAGAUAACACUUAUGUAUCCAAUUCUGAGAAUGAGGAUGACGUUCUAGUCACACGAGAUCCUAUUCCGGUCAUCUUCCACAGAAUAUCAACAGAAAUUAGGAUAAAUAAUGAUGCCACCAGCUGCCUGUCAAUUAAAUCGAAGCUACAAGAUGACAGAGUCCAGGAUUCAAGAUACUGCGGUGCAAUAGACGAAGACUCUGAAGGUGACAAUGACUCUGAAGAGUUCUACUAUGGGGGUCAGGUGAACUAUGAUGGGGAGCUCCACAAGCACUCCCAGCUGGAAGCAGACUUAGCAGCAGUGAGAGACAUGUAUGGACCUAAUGCAGUAUCUCUCAGGGAAUACGGUGCAAUAGACGACGUAGACAUUGAUUUACACAUUGAUGUCAGCUUCCUGGAUGAAGAAAUCGCUGUUGCGUGGGAUGUGAUCCGGAGAGAGCCUGUAAUAGUACGAUUGCAUUGCUCCCUAACCCAGUAUUUACAUGGGCCAGUUCCAACAGUCGACGUAUUCCAAGUUUCCACGAAAGAACGAUUUGGUCUGGGACACCAGUUGAAAAAGAUCAUGCAGACAUUUGUUACACAGCAGUGGAAGCAACAGAGUAAAGAAAAGUGUAAUUGCCCUCACAGCAAAAAACUGACAGAUAAGAAAGUGAGAUCUCCCCUGCACAUCUUUUCUACACUCCGCAGGUCUCCCAGUUACCCACCUCCUGAAUGUGGUAAGAGCAAAUCCAAACUGAAGCCAGAGCAAGAUGGAGUGCCAAAGUCCCACAAGUUACUGCGGAGAACUUGCUCAAGUAUGGUCAAGGCUGAGGAUGGAUGCGUCAACAAGUCCCAUAAACCUCUGGGACACUCUUCAUCCAGCGAUCCAAGGGCUGAGCAGACAGCAGCCUUGAAACCCCACAAGCUUCUGACUCGGACUUGUUCUGCUUCGGUGAAACAGGACGAUUGUGCCUCUUUGAAGCCUCAUAAACUUCUAUCCAGGUCGUGUUCUGGAGACCCUCGAUGUGAGCACAGCAGCUCCCUGAAACCCCACAGGCUGUUGAGCAGAUCUUGCUCCAGCACUCUCAGGACAGAGGAGCUGGAUGGACUGAAGCACCAGAAGAUGCUGAGCAGGUCCUACUCGAGCAGCACCAAAGUGGGCAAGACUGAGCUCUUCAAAGAACCUGCUCCUGAGGGCAGACGACUCUCUCUUACCUCAGGGCUUAUUGGCAUGCUAGCACCAGCUCUGUCCUCCCAGCCCAGUCCAAACUAUGGGGCCAAGUCAAUCCCGGUCAGGGAUCGCGGCUUUCUUGUCCAGACUAUGGACUAUGCUGAGCAGAGGAUUCCUGUUCUGAAUGAAUACUGUGUGGUUUGUGAUGAGCCCCAUGUGUUCCAGAAUGGACCUAUGCUGAGACCCACAGUGUGUGAGCGGGAGCUGUGUGUCUUUGCUUUCCAGACACUGGGAGUAAUGAACGAAGCUGCAGAUGAAAUCGCUACUGGAGCCCAGGUUGUGGAUUUGCUGGUUUCUAUGUGUCGAUCAGCACUGGAGUCCCCAAGAAAAGUUGUUAUUUUUGAGCCAUAUCCUUCAGUGGUUGAUCCUAAUGAUUCCCAGGCACUGGCCUUUAACCCGCGGAAAAAGGACUAUGAGCGAGUGAUGAGAGCACUGGAUAGCCUAACAUCUAUCAGAGAAAUGACCCAGAAGGAGAAAACUGUUUAUCUCCCAUUUCUACAGGCACCUUACCUGGAAAUCAAGAGGCAGAUGGACAAACACGAUCCCUUGGCUCAUCCACUUUUACAAUGGGUCAUUUCAAGCAACAGAUCCCACAUUGUAAAACUAUCAGUGAACAGACAACUGAAGUUCAUGCACACCCCACACCAGUUCCUUCUGCUUAGCAGUCCGCCCGCCAAAGAAUCCAACUUCAGAGCUGCCAAAAAACUCUUUGGAAGUACCUUCGCAUUCCAUGGUUCACACAUAGAGAACUGGCACUCAAUCCUGAGGAAUGGUUUAGUUGUGGCAUCCAAUACAAGGCUGCAGCUCCAUGGUGCCAUCUACGGUAGUGGAAUAUAUCUCAGCCCAAUGUCAAGCAUUUCCUUUGGUUACUCAGGGAUGAACAAAAAGCAGCAGAAAGCAGCUUCUAAGGACGAAACUGCUUCAAACAGCAAGACCAGUGCCACUCUACAGUCACAGAAAAAAGGACAACAGCCACAGUUUCUGCAAAGUCGUAACUUGAAGUGCAUAGCCUUAUGCGAAGUUAUUACUUCUCCUGAUCUGCACAAGCACGGGGAUAUCUGGGUAGUUCCGAACACAGAUCACGUCUGUACGCGAUUUUUCUUUGUGUAUGAAGAUGGCCAGGUGGGAGACACAAGCAUAAACACACAGGACCCCAGCAUCCACAAGGAGAUACUCCGAGUUAUAGGCAACCAGACCGCUACUGGAUAAGGAGAUGCAGGAUAUUAUUGAUGAUGCUGCCCGAAAACAUACAAUUCAAAACCCUAACCCUAAUGAUAAACACACAGGACCCCAGCAUCCACAAGGAGAUACUCCCGAGUUAUAGGCAACCAGACCAGCAAUAUAUUAUUGAUGGUGCUGCCUGAAAACACACAAUCCACUCGCUCUCAAAGCUGGAUUUUGAGCUGAAAUGAGUGCAUUGAUCCUAUUUUUAAUAUUCAACUAACUCACUAUUGAACAUUUAAAAUAUCUUUUAAAAAGAAAACAUACACAAGAGCUACACUGUUUCUAUCCCAAGAGGUAUUUCAUUUGAAACGAUUGCUCAUUGUUAUUUAGACAAUAACAUUUUGCUUCAAAGUUUAUAAACACAAUGACUCAAUUCAUCACUAGCCAGGGCUUGCCAAUCUGAGUAAAUAUUAGCUACUUUUCUCAAUAUUGUUUAGCUAACUUUGAAAUUGAACUGUAUUUUUUUGUUUUUUUUUUCUGAUUUUGAACAUAUAAAUGUAGUCGUUUGGAUUUAACGAGGCUUUGAGUUUCUCUGCAGGAAAAUGUUUCUCUUUCCUUUGUAACAAGAUGCCCAAUACUAGCCCUUCCUGUUCACUUUGUAAGGCUUGUGCAUUCUUAAAUUACAACAGAGUACAUGUCAUGAUCCUAAAGGUGUGAAUAUGUGCUUGAUUUAAAAUUACCAUUAAUGCUACAUAGUAUCUAAACCACAGAACUUACUACAAAAUUACUUUUUAGCAAAAUCCAUGCAUUCCAUUAUCAGAAUUCCUAAUGGAACACUGCUUAACUUGCACACCUACAGUAAUAGAAGAACCAGAUACACAACAAGCAGUUGAACCAGCACAGCAAGCAGAAAAACAGUUCUAGUGGCCUACCUCUUUGUGAAUACAUUUCCACCCUGCCCUCUUUCUGAAAUAAAAUACCAGCACAAUAAUUUGGGACUAUUUGUGUUGUACAGGUGCCAAAUUGCUGUCAUUGUCAACCCCAAAGGUGCUCAGUGAAUCAGUUGCUACUGUAGUUUGAAAAUGUCUGACUAGCAAUAAAUACAAUUCCUGCUGGUAAACAGACCUUAUCUCUGUAUUGUCAAAUGCAGCUUUCGGGUAACAGUCUAAAUUGCUUUUUUUUUUUUAAGUUAAUUUUACUGAAACCAGUGUUUGGAACAUAUUGUGUUAAAGUAAUAAUACUAAUCAGUUAUGGGACCUGUCAGUACUGGGUUAAAAUGUGCUUUACUUUAUUUAUUUAUUUACACAAUCCUAAACAUCCAGCACUCAUUGGACCACUGCAAGAGUAAACAUCUUGUUUAUCCUUUUACUGUUAUUAAAUGUGCACAAAUAAUAACAAUAAUAAUAAUAAUGAGCUUUUAAAAUUAAACUUUAUAAAGCCAUUCAUCCUGUCUGCUUUAGAAUGUAGCUUUUUUUUUUUUUUUUAAUGAAUCAAACAAUUGAAUUGGGUAGUACAUUCCAUUAUUACAAGUAUAUACAGUACAACUAUGGUACAACAAACUUGAUUUUAUCCUACCACGCUUUCUACCAGCAUUUAUUUUAUAUUUAGAGUGUUCACAUUUAGGCAAAAGCAGAGAUGUCUGUGAAAUGAAUGUCUCUGCACUGCUGCAGCAGCUCUCGUGCUGUGCACGGCUCAGACAGACUGCUGGGUGUCAGUUUAAACCAGGGCACAUCCACAUAUUGAAUUAGGAGCUGGGUGGAAAAGCUUUUCUAACUGAUUAGUAAAACACGUCCGAAGCUGCAUCUUUCUGUACACUGGUCUGUCCAAUGGGAAAACUAUUGAUGGUUUGGAUUUUUUAAAUAGAACUUUUAUCCUGGCUAAGGAUUAUUUUUCUAUUUUCAAACACUAUACUGUAUAUAAAAUAUCUAAUAUUGUUUAACAGAUGCACCUCACAGCAUUUGCCUUCUAGAUGCCUGGGCUUGUGUGUACAAUUCUGAUUUUAUAACCAGCAUGUUAAACUUUUAUAAUUACGAAAAGAGGGUAGACUCUUUAAAUGUAAAAGUAAUUGACCAGAAAUGUACAGUGAUGAACGAUCUUUUAAUGAGAAAUGGAAUACAAUUGUUUAUUUGUCAAAAGGAGGAAUGUGUAUACUAAACAGACCUAAUCUACCCCCCCCCCCCCCAAAAAAAAAAAAAAAAAAAAAGAAAAAACAAACAGAAAAACAAAUCUGUCCUCUUAUCAGAAAGGCAGUAAUUCUGGCUUUAAUUAACUGUAAAAUAUGCAGAAAACAAUGACCAUUCCUUUCUGCAUUCUACUCGUCCAUGUUCUGUGCUUGAAUAAAAAAACAAACCAAAUGGCUACUAGCAUUAAAGUCACAUAUCCACAGAAGUUACAUAUUAAGUUACAUAUCUUAAAGGAAAAAAUACAAUAAAAACACUUAAGUGUUUAAAAAUUAGGAAUGAAAAAAACCUACACACAGAAACAAACAACAAAAAGGGUGAUCUCAUUUUCUUCACUGAACUGGGUGUUAUGCCAAUAUGUGCUUUGGCCAAAUCUUGGGCUAGGUUGAAAUAGAGCAAUCCUACAUUCAGCAGGAUAUACCCUGGUUUAGACUGCCAUCAUUCACAUUGCAAAGCUAAUCCACUUUUAUUUUUUCUUUACUCAACAUUUAUUUAACAAUAUUUUUUGUAUUUUCUGCAUAUAUAGAACUGCUAUUUAGCCUUCGGUGCCUUAGAAGCAGAGUAAUGGCAAUGCAUGACAGGACUGUAUAUAAUGUAAAUACUGCCACAAAACACGCAGGACAAAUAUUUUCUGUAUUCAGUUUUUACAGCUUUUGCUUUCUUUUGCAAACAAAUCAGCUUUUCUGGCAUUUUACUAGUGAUGAAAAUAGUAGCUUCUGUAAAUGUUUACUUUCAAUAAAUUCAGAUUUG